UUGAACAAUAUAGAAGAAAAUACAACUUUAGUAACUUUUAUUACUUCUAAAAUCAACAUGUCGCAGAAUCAGAUGUAAACGCUGCUGUAAUGGCAGUAAAGUGCACUGGAUCUUUUUGGCCACUAGAUGCCAGUAAAGUCAAUGGGAGUGCAGGAAAGAUGUGAGUAAUGGAUGUAAUUCCUCUAUUUCGAGAGGCUGUUCACUGCAGAGCCGUGGGUGGAGAGAGAAGUCCAGCUCUUCUCUCUGGAUGUAAUGUGUGUGUAAUGGAGCGAGACGGUCCAACAACACCCUAACCGACCCAUAACUCUCUCCCUCCACCCAUUAGAUCCACUGAGGAGGAGCUGGACGGCAUUCGGCUCUGCAGUGAACAUCACUGCUCCAUUAUUAGGAGUUAUUAAACAGAUCCAGCAGUGAUGUAUUAGUGUUGAUGAAGACUGUUAAAACUAUUCCUGUAUCUGUCGUCAGUCUGGUUUCUGAGAAACUGGUAUUGACCCAAACAUGUGUGAACCGCAGAGUUUGUGCCAGAAAGAGGAAGUGAAACUAAGAGCUGUAAAGAUGCUGUUCAGACGCUCCUGCAGACUUGAUGAGCAUCUUUACUCUGUUUUAACAUCUUUAAACAUCUUUCACAUAUUCUCUCACAAAGAAUAGUGAGCUCAGAGAUAAAGCUUGUUGUGUGUUUGACAUCUGAGACGUUAACGGUCUUCUCCAGUUGUUCUUGUGUGAUUGAGAUGACGGUCACUCAUAACUAGGAAGAGGAAGACCAACAUUUAGCUGAACUUUAUUUAAGUGUGAAAACUGCAGCGUUUGACACAUUAAACUGCGGAUGUUUUUCUCAUUCGGGCGUCGACACUGAAACAUCGACACUUCAGAGCGAAGUCACGAUGGUGUCGUCUCUCAUAAAGUCUCUUCCUCUGAUCGUAGUGAUCAUGACUGCGGGGGCUGAUGUUCAGGAUUGGGGAGUGAAUUACAGUCCUUCAUAUGUUUGUGCAUUAAAGGGAUCAACAGUGAAAAUAUUCUGUACUUUAAAAUAUCCUCGUGGUUAUAAGGUCACAACAGCUUUCUGGACCAAAACUGUUGAAGAACCGCAUGACUUUUGUUCAGAUCCAGAGAUGAGAAGAGGGAUUCAGUGUAACAGUGAAUAUUAUAAACACACUUCCAGCAUCACUUUGACGGCUGUAACAGAAGCUGAUGAACACAUGUACUACUGCAGAUUUAUUACAGAUAAAGAUGAUGGAAAAUGGACGGGGGUUCCUGGAGUUCAGCUUAACGUCACUGACCCCAGGUGAAAAAGACGUUGUAUUAAAUGUAUUAAAAAUAUAUUUGAAA